AUGUCAGUUCUACCGACAUACCGAUCCAAUUCAACAACAUUCGCACGACAGAGUGUAGUGAUAACCUCAGCAUCGGAUAAAAAUCAUAUGAAGACCUGUUUCACUGCACCAAUACCACCGUUACCGCGACUAAUCAAUCAUUCGUCUGCAACGCAAGAUUGUCGUUCACAAUUGCAUAAUUCUCAAACUCCGCUAACAACAUCUCUCUCAUCGAUACCUUCAAAUGGCUCAAUAUCAAAGCAGCGUUCCGUAACAUCUUCAGAAGCAUAUUUACAAUCGACUAAUAACGUUGAAGCAGAAGAAGAAAAAAAUCCCAAAUUAUAUGUGCAUAGUAAUCCUCCACGAGUGUUGCAUCAUGCACAACAGCAACAAAGCAAAUAUUUGUCAUCUCGGACACGAAUUCGUGUAUCAUCCGCGCCGGAGGAGAAUAGUCCUCGACUGUCUCCACCAUCAUCUGCACCCUCUCAAAAACCUUCGUCAGCAAACGCAAACGUACAGCAGCAACAACAACAAAAAGGCAAUACUACAGUAUUUAGUUAUCAUCGUCAAAAAAUUUCUGCAACAAAAACGGAAGAAAAUCAUUUUUACAGCGACAAUCAAGAGCAACUGAGUACAACUCACCGAUAUCAUCUAGUUGAAGUAGAUAAAAAACACCAACAAGCAGAACUUUCACAACAAACCCGUUCAAAAGUACCGGUUGCUGUUCAAAAACGUCGAAUGCUAAUACUACUUCCACCAAAGCCAGUACUAAAUUCCCAUCUUUCAUUGACUCAACAGGAUGAAAAGGAACAUCUAUUGACAAUGCCAAAUACUUGUAAUAUAGGAGAUUCAUCGAACAUGAUUAAAAAAAGUACACAAUCAUCAAAUUUAGGAUUACAUAUAGAACAAAAAUUACUCCUAGCUCAAAAACCAUUAGUUAAUACCAAUACAGUUUCAAAUUUGAAAUCUUCCUCCACAUCUUCUAAAAUACAGCCAGCCUCAUUUGAAAUUAAUCAGAAUGAGAAGCAUACACUUGAAGAACAACAACAGAAGAUGAACAAUGUCGGCGAAUUUGAACUGGAAUCGAAAGCGCUGUUUAUGGAUUCAGAUGGAAUGGACGCAAUGCUCAAUUAUAUUAAUAGGUCAGAUGGAGAUGAACAAGAACAAUUGAUUAAUAUUGAUCCUCUAUUAGAGACAACACCAAAACCUGAAAAUCAAAUGCAAUCACCGAGACGUCAACAAACAAAACGUUCAAAUUUAACAAAAUACGAGUAUACCGUUGUAAAUUCACUUGAUAACACAACAACAUUACGAGUAUCACCUGGAUCAAGCUUGCGACCAUAUCGAGAUGAAAUGGCAAUAUUAAGGUCAAAUACAAAAGCAUCACAACUGCUAUCAUCGAUUGUUACAGAUUGUGGAAGUCAAAGCGAUAAUAGUGGUAGUCCGCUAGAGAAUGAACAAGAUGAUGAUGAAGAAGAGCAGGUUGCACUUUGUUAUGAUGAAAUAUUGAGUUGUUAUUAUGAUCCAAAUACACAAAUUUACUAUGAAUUACAAUCAGCGUAG